AUGGUUGCCUCCUUCCAUUCUCAUGGUGCUAAAGCACACGAGCAGUCCAUUAGGAUAACCUCCAUGAUUGAUAUCUACGUCGCGAUUGUCAUUAUCAUAAGUAGUUGGUUUAUCGCGAGGAACUUGAGGAAAUACAUCACUUUUGAGUUGGAUCAGAAUUCUAAGCACUAUGGCGGCGAGUUAGUAGCGGAUGUAUUGCGUGCACACGGAGUACGCUUUUUGUUCACACUUUGUGGGGGUCAUAUUUCGCCCAUAUUGGUCGCUGCAGAAAAACGGAACAUUAGAGUGGUUGAUGUGCGGCACGAGGCCACCGCUGUGUACGCUGCGGACGCUGUAUCUCGGUUGUCCGGAUCCGUCGGCGUAGCUGCUGUAACUGCUGGGCCUGGAGUGACCAAUACAGUGACUGCGAUUAAAAACGCUCAGAUGGCCGAGUCUCCGUUGGUUCUGCUAGCAGGUGCCUCCGCCGGUCUCAUACGCGGUCGAGGUUCUCUGCAAGAUAUAGAUCAAUUGAGCUUGUUCCAUUCUUUGUGCAAGUGGUCCGGUCGGGUCACUCGAGUGAAGGACAUCGUGCCAGUGUUAUGCACCGCGUUUUUCAAGGCAUCUUCCGACACACCAGGCCCUGUUAUUGUGGAGUUUCCUAUCGAUACUUUGUAUCCUUACCAUUUGGUGAAAGAACACAUGCGCAUAUCCGACAGCCCCCGAUCGUGGAGACAGCGUUGUACCAAUUGGUACCUUCGCUUUUAUCUUUUCCGCUUGUUUGCUAACGGGUUCCAGAUCAAACCCUGUCCACCCGAAACGCAUCCCUCGGAAAUCCCCAUUCGAGAGCCCACUUUCCCGUUGCCUACUGACAAACAAGUGAACCGUCUGGUUCUACUGUUGUCUCAAGCACAGCGUCCAGUAGCAGUUGUGGGUAGCCAGGCUCUUUUGCCGCCCAUUUCCGCUUCAGCGACCGCGGAGAAUCUACAAAUUCCCUCAAUGCUACCAGAUUUACCAACCGCUUUUCAUUUCACGGAAUGGAAAAUCCGGAUGUAA